AUGAGGCUCUCAUGGACCUGGUCCCUGCAACUGUGGGCGGAGGAAACACGGGAGCACGAUGGCAGCAGCAUGAUGGCAAGCCAAUGGGGAGCCAUCUGCUCAUUGAUCGCCAUUAUUUUCGCAUGCCAAGGCAUGGCAUCUCCCUCGGACGGGGUCAGAAGGAUCGCUGAGCCACACCACGCCACAGUGUGCCGGCUCUGUUGUUGGCUCUCAUGA